UAAGGUAGUUGAAGGGCAAUAUUACCUUUGCUCUCUCACUGUGAUCGAAAGCACUCUCAGCUUUCAGGUGGACCCCCUGGCUACCUUGGUGCGGCGUUUUCAACAGCACAGAAUCACCCUUUACACGAUCAAAAGAAGAUGCUGUUUAUUAAUCUAAGGACCCUGUUGAACAAUGCAGCUCUUAGAAAUGGUCACAAUUUCGUGGUUCGAAAUUUUCGAUGUGGGCAACCAGUACAGGAUAAAGUACAGCUGAAGGGCCGUGACCUCCUCACUCUAAAGAACUUUACAGGAGAAGAAAUUAAAUAUAUGCUAUGGCUAUCAGCAGAUCUGAAAUUCAGGAUAAAACAGAAAGGAGAGUAUUUGCCUUUACUGCAAGGGAAGUCCUUAGGCAUGAUUUUUGAAAAAAGAAGUACUCGAACAAGAUUGUCCACAGAAACAGUGAGACCAAACAAACUGAAAUGUUGGAGUUUGGAGCGGAGAAAGGUUUACUGCAAAGCCAUGCAAGGAGACAAGUUGGCUUAA